AUGAGAGAGGACCUAAAGGAGAAGCUUUUACUGAAGCAAACCAAUCCAGAGGAGCUCAUUGACGAAGAAGAGGAAGAGUCACUGAAGAAGAGAGUAUGGAAAGAGAGCAAGAAGAUGUGGGUGGUCGCUGGUCCUGCCAUCUUUACCAGGUUUUCGACGUUUGGUGUAACUGUAGUUAGCCAAGCCUUCAUUGGCCACAUAGGCUCCUCUGAACUUGCUGCUUAUGCUCUGGUCAUGACAGUGCUAGUCAGGUUCGCUAAUGGCGUUUUGCUAGGAAUGGCAAGUGCAUUGGAAACUCUAUGCGGGCAAGCUUUUGGGGCAAAAAAUUAUGAGAUGCUUGGAUUAUAUCUGCAGAGGUCUUGGAUUGUGUUGUUCUUGACCUCAAUCUUUCUUCUUCCUGUUUUCAUCUUUACAACCCCAAUUCUGAAGGCGUUAGGCCAAGAAGAGAGCAUUGCAAAAGUAGCAGGAAGCAUUUCUCUUUGGUCUAUAGCUGUGAUUCUUGCUUUCGUAGUGUCAUUCACCUGCCAAAUGUUUCUACAAGCACAGAGCAAGAACAUGAUCAUCGCCUACCUUGCCGCAUUUUCGAUUUCCAUUCACCUCUCUCUGUCAUGGCUUUUGACUGUUAAGUUCAAGUUUGGGCUUAAUGGAGCAAUGACGUCAACAGCCUUGGCAUAUUGGAUUCCUAAUGUGGGACAGCUUUUGUUUAUUACUCAUAAAUGCCCAGAAACUUGGAAAGGUUUCUCAUUUUUGGCUUUCAAAGAUCUCUGGCCUGUCAUCAAGCUCUCCUUGUCUUCUGGAGCUAUGUUGUGUCUGGAGAUCUGGUACAACACAGUUUUGAUUCUUCUAACAGGGAACAUGAAGAAUGCCCAGGUUUCCAUUGAUGCUUUAUCCAUAUGCCUCAACAUAAAUGGUUGGGAAAUGAUGAUAGCCCUUGGAUUCUGUGCUGCAGCUAGUGUUCGGGUAGCAAAUGAGCUUGGAAGAGGGAGUUCAAACGCUGCAAAAUUCUCAAUUGUGGUCACUGUUCUUACAUCAUUGGCCAUUGGAUUCAUGCUGUUUUUGUUGUUCUUAUUCUUGAGGGAAAGAAUUGCUUACAUGUUCAUUCCAAAUCCAGAAGUGGCCGAAGCCGUCGGCCAUUUGUCACCUUUGUUAUCAGUCUCCAUGUUGUUGAACAGUGUUCAACCUGUCCUCUCUGGAGUUUCCAUUGGAGCAGGCUGGCAAAGCAUCGUAGCAUACGUAAACAUUGGCUGCUAUUACAUAAUCGGUAUUCCUGUUGGAAUAGUUCUUGGUCAUCUUUUAAAAUUGCAAGUAAAGGGUAUUUGGAUAGGAAUGCUAUUUGGGACGUUCGUCCAAACUGUUGUUCUUGCUAUUAUCACAUUUAAAACUGAUUGGGACAACCAGGUGGUGAUAGCUCGCAAUCGUGUUAACAAGUGGGCUGUAGUGCACUCACAAGAAUCAAACGACAGAUCGAAUAUCUAGUUUAAAAAGUAUAUGCACGAACCGAUAAAUAGGUGCUAAUGCAUAUUUGAUGCUCUAAAACCAUUAAAAAAUUAUCCAAACUUCAAAUUAAAUGCUUUGAGGUUUUCUUUUCAAGUU